AUGAGUAUUCCUGGUGAGCAGAUUCCAGAGGAUCCCGUACCUGGUGUGGUAAGACAACGACCAGUCCAAAUGAUGGCAUACGGAGUGCAUCCGCCGAGCUUUCUAGAUCUGUCCAGCAAGACGUUGCCGGAAGAUUUCGCCGAUUUUAGGCAAGCUUGGGAUAUUUAUGUGAUUGCCGCUGAAAUAAUCGAAAAAAGUGAUAUGAUAAAAGUAGCUUUGUUGAAAAACUUUCUCGGAACGGACACAGUGAAGGUAUUGAACACAUUGCUAGCAGCAGAAGCGCAAGCGACACCAGCAGCGAUCUUGACUGCUCUUGAAGGGUAUUGUUUACCGCAGGUGAAUGGAACAUACGAGCGGUAUAUUUUCAAUACGGCGAUGCAGCAAGAAGAAGAAGAUAUCAAUAAAUUCGUCACGCGACUCCGGAAGCUAGCAAAAACUUGGUAUUAUGGACAGCUUAAGAAUUCCCUCAUUCGUGAUCAGAUUGUGGUAGGGAUCCGUUCGGACGAUACGAGAAAGGCACUUUUGAAGAUGGCAAAUUUGGAUUUAACAGAAGCAAUUGAUACCUGCCGAGCGCAGAAAUUGGUGGAAGAUAGGAUGGCGAUGAUGAAGAUCAAAGAAGAGCCACGAGAUUCGGAAACAUCUGCGGAAGUGAUUGCAAAAGUGAACAUAAAUACGAGAAAGAAGUACGAUACAUCCGGUGAGGUAUGCAAGUUUUGUGGACGGAAAGAUCAUAAAAUCGGAGACCGGGAGAGUUGCCCGGCGAAUGGUGUCACCUGCCGGAAAUGUUUAAAGCUUAAUCACUACGCCAGAGUGUGCAGAGCGAAGAUCAGUGAUGAUUCUCAAGCUGGAGGAUCGCGAGAUGCGUCGUCGAGCAAGUCAAAGAACACAAGAAAAGUGAAAACAGUCGAACAAAAGAGUGACGAUAGUGAUGAGGCGGAUUAUAUUACCAGCGUUGAAGAGGUGAACGUAGUAGAGAAGAAAAUAACGGUGAUGAUUGGUUUCACCGUGCAGAGAGGUGAAACGCCGAAAAAGAUUCGUUGCCAAGUCGACACGGGGGCUUCCUGUAGUGUCGUCGAUCGGAAGAAUCUUAAAGAGCUGAUGGGAAAAGUGACCAUUGAGCCCAGUAAGACGAAGUUUCGUGGGUUUGGUGGUCAGAUCGUGUCAGCGUACGGAAAAGUAGUUCUGCGACACGAAAGCCACGGAAAAGCGUACAAGGUGGUAUUUCAAGUUGUCGAUCUGGGGCAUGGCGUACUCAAGAUGCCACUGUUGGGGUACAAAACCUGUAUGGCGUUGGGGAUUGUAAGUGUCCAAGAGGUGAUGAAAUGCGAAGCCCAAGCCAAAUUGCAACAAGCGUUGCACGGACUGAAAGGAAUAGAAGUUCUAGUGGAUGACAUCUUGUGUGUUGAACGAGGCUCAACGGAUGAAGAGGCUAUAGUUGAUCACAAUCGGAAUCUGGAGGCGCUUCUGCAGCGUCGCCAGAGCAAGGGAAUCGAGCUGAAUCGAUCAAAGAGCAAGAUGAAUCAGAUUGAAGUUCGCUUUUUUGGUCACGUGUUGUCGAGAGAUGGUCUCAAACCGGAUCCAAGCAAGACGGCGGCAAUUAGCGAAAUGCCGCAACCACGAGAUGCAGCAGAACUACAACGAUUCCUUGGAUUAGCGACAUACAUGGCGAAGUUCAUCUCGAAGCUAUCCGAGCUGAGCAGACCGCUGAGGGAAGUUCUGGUAUCGGAAGAAUGGCACUGGGGCAAACAGCAAGCAGAGGCAUACCGUGCAUUGAAGCAGAAAAUAGCCGAGAUCACCGUGCUGAAAUAUUACAAUCCGAAGCUAGAAGCAACGAUCCAAUGCGACGCCAGUAGCUACGCGGUCGGCGCGGUACUACUGCAAGAAGGACAGCCCGUUAUUUUUGCUUCGAGGACGCUAACAGCGACGGAGCAAACAUGUGACGGUGCAGUCCGAUCAUCAGCCACUGCAAACCAUCUUUAA